ACCAAGCUUACUUCCGUCCGUCAUUCAACGAGACAGUUUUACUACAUACUGCUUCUACUAACCUCUUCAGACACAGGAGCUGAAUUUUGUGACCAGACAUCAUGACACUGUUUCACUUCGGGAACUGCUUUGCCCUGGCAUAUUUCCCUUACUUUAUAACAUACAAGUGCAGUGGCCUUUCAGAAUACAAUGCCUUCUGGAGAUGUGUUCAGGCUGGAGCAACCUACCUGUUUGUCCAGCUGUGUAAAAUGCUGUUCUUAGCUACAUUUUUCCCCACAUGGGAAGGGGGAGCUGGAGUUUAUGACUUUGUUGGGGAAUUCAUGAAGGCAACAGUGGACCUGGCAGACCUGUUGGGCCUUCACCUUGUGAUGUCUCGUAAUGCUGGUAAAGGAGAGUACAAAAUCAUGGUGGCUGCCAUGGGCUGGGCCACAGCAGAACUUGUGAUGUCAAGGUGUCUUCCUCUGUGGGUGGGAGCCCGAGGAAUUGAGUUUGACUGGAAAUACAUCCAGAUGAGCUUUGACUCUAACAUUAGUUUGGUCCAUUACAUUGCAAUGGCAGCAGUGGUGUGGAUGUUCACUCGAUAUGACCUUCCUAAGAGCUUCAGGCUUCCUGUUACUGUGCUGCUGGCUCUCUGUGUCUACAAGGCCUUCUUAAUGGAGUUGUUUGUCCAUGUCUUCCUGUUGGGCAGUUGGACAGUGCUGUUGGUGAAAGCUGUGCUGACUGGUGUCAUCUCUCUCUGCUCACUGUUUCUCUUCGUCACUCUGGUCCACAGCAACUAAGUAAAACUCAGCACCCUGGAAUAAGCCUUCAACAGUCAGUCUCUCUGGUCCAGAUUGGACCGGGGUUGCCAUAACUCAGAUGCUGACUCCUGAUACCAUUUUAGUCUUUCAAUCACACCAAAGACUACUGAAAAAUGCUUGUUGCUGGGUAGUUGGACUGUUCUAAUAUAUAAAACAGGCUUAGGUACAAGCUGCCAGCUGGUAAGAUAACCAGUUUUUCCUGUUUGUACUAACUGGUCUAUAUGAGCCGUUGAGAUCGAAAACAUGCACUCAGGGCGAGGCUUUGGUAGCUUUCAGUCCACCAGUAAGAACUGCAGGAUGAAUUGUGACAUCAGGAGGCUUCCGAAUAUGAUUGGCUUACCUAUGCUGUGUUGGUUUCAUAAAAGGGUGAAUUUUGUAUCCAAAAGAUCACAAAUGAAUUGAGAGUUUAUAUAAAUAGCGGGGUUUUUUUAUGUGUUGUCCAAUUAGCCAGCGUAAACACUUAGAUUAAAUAGUAAAGUGAAUUUCUAACAACUUGACGGUUUGCUGUGUUGCCACACAUCUGUCAAUUUAUUUAUAUACAAUAUAAGUAAAUAUUUCAAGUAGUUAAAACAUAACUGUAGCAGCAUUUUUGUAAUUAUCGAAGAACUUUAAGACUUAUUAGAGUUUAACCUCCAACACCUGAAUGCAGCCCGCAGUAUGAAAACACUGAGGUCCACUCAGCAUUAUGACCACAUUAUGUUGAAUUGUAAGCAUCUGUGAUUUUGACAUUAAAGUGUCUUUUUUUGUCUUA